AGUUGGUGUUGUCAUAUGUCAUAAAACUCGUGACAGUGCAGUUCACCGAAACACAAAGCCAAUGUGUAUGUGUGUAUCUCGUACCCUAAGUAAAGUCAACACGCAUAUUUGCUGUUCGAAAUUCCGCGGACUGCAGCAGUACACACGGGUGCAUCGUAUUUAUUUAUCGUGAUUUUUGUUGUUGUUGUUCGUAUGCAUUUACUACCGAAAUCUUUAAUUCCAUAGCGUGUACAUUCGAAGCAAUUUUCAGAAAUGAGUGAUAAAAGUGAGAGUACAAGUAACAACUCAUCAAGUGGGUUUAAAAGCAACAAAAGAGUUUCUGGUGCGAGUGAUUCGGGAUGCCAAAUACCUAGAAAAAAAACGGCGAAAUCACCGACACUCGCAAGACAACACAUAUUCGAGAAAAUCUACGAUGAAUUGAAAAUUCGUUACUGUUCAUUUUAUUCAAAACGACCGGCAAGUGAAGAUAUCCAAAAAGUGAUUAAUAAUUUGAAUGAUGCGAUCAAAAGAUUCACGUCAGUGAGUGGAACGAUAGCGACUAAGCUGGCACAGGCCAAAGUAUAUUUUAAAAAUGCAAAAUCACCACAGAAAGGACCGUCAUCACUAGACCAAACACCAAAUGAGGUUAAUUAUGCAGAAUGUUCGCUCGAUGAAUUACUCAAGCAUUUCCAUACAUCUGUCAUUGCCUUAAUAUCUCGUUUCGAGUUUUGUUCAAGAGAACCUACCCAGAAAUCUUUGAUACCAAAAUUGGAAGAUUUGAAAGGAAGAUGCGAAAAUUACAUAGAGAGCAUCAAUAUAUUGAAGGAGGAUGUGUCACGUUUUGAUAAAACUGGUGCUGGAACUUCCGGCGAAAGUGAAAGGCAACGAACUGUUUCGGAAUCUCAGAAUCAACAUCGUGAUGAUGACGAGCAAUUGGAAAACGCUAGUGCUACGAAUCCAAGCCCGAAGAAGGAUUCAAAUCGGGUUGCCGACAUGAAAUGCUCGAAUGUCGGAUCGAUGCAUGGUCAAGUGCAACCUCAGGAAGAGAAUCUACAGUAACAGUCCGACCAAGACAAACCCUGCUCCAGUGAUCCACUUAGUUUGCAGCCCGAUAAUCAAAUAUCUGACCAACAAAAUUCCGGAAGUAAUUUGCCAACAACGAGUCCAUCCAGCGUAUUUGCAUCAUCCGGAGCGACUCUUCCUAAUCAGCAAGCAUUAGUAGGUCAAUCCAUGCAUCAAUGUCAAAAACCACCUCAAGUGCAAAUCCAACAGCACAUGAAUGUGAUGUCCCAAAAACCAACGCAAACACAUAAAAAAACUGCAUAUUUGGCACCUCAACCUCAAUUCGUGUCGAAUGUAUCAGCCCACCCCACACAUUCCCAUUCGGACUAUCUCCCGAACGCACAUUCAGCAGCUGAUCAAUCAAACAUGUCCUAUUACAGUCACCAACAAGGCGCACGACAACCAACGGUUAACACAUCGGUCGGUAUACAUCAAAUGAUGAAUAAUGCACCGACUCAUCCGUCUGGGCAGCCAGCGUCCGUCGUUUCUAAUCCUCAAUUAUAUCAGUCAUUAGAAAUUCUUGGUCAGGAGUUGCUUGAUGAUUAUUUGAAAUAAGCCAUGACCGAUUAUAUUCGAAUAACAUUUUUUUAUUUUUUUUUCUCUCUAAUUUUUAUCACAUCGCACAGAAUAACUGCGCAUUUCUACUACUUAAUAGCAUUUUGAAACGGGUGCCGUAAUGUGCAUGCUCCAUUUUAUGGACAACAAACAUGGAAAACUUAAUGAAUUUACGCAAUAAAAGAAAAGUGGUUUGAGAGUAGCGGAAA